GAAGCGCUCGAUCGUUUCAGAAAAGUGACAACCAUCGCCGCGGUAGCAUCUAUCUACGUAAGCGCCCUGCUUUUGGAUCAAUGUCGUUUCACCAAUGAAAUUAAUAUUUAAUACCCUCGAUGGGAAUCUUCCUUAUCAGAUGUUGAGACGUCUGCAAAUAACUGAAGUGUGAUAAUAAUUAGCCGGGGCCGGCAGAGAGCAGUGUAUAAUUAGCGUCGGUCGGUUUAAUGAAAAUCCUGCUGUGGUGGUGACAGAAGCUCUGUUGUGGCUGGACCGAGUGGUGGGCUGUGGGAGAGUGAUAAGAUACACAAACAACCAGCAAGCAAAGAAAGAUUACGUCGCGAGUGCGCAAAUAUUAUAAAAGAAUCAUAAAACUAGUGCUAAAAGAGGGUACACUCAUUAUAAUUUGCACUGGUUUAUUCGGGACUUUACAGCACACGGUGUUUGCUUAGUUCAGUGAUGAUGGCGACGUUUAUGAUGACCGUGAGAAGUUCUUGGCAGUGCGUUUGAAAUUCAAAACAUUGCUGUGAACGACGACGACGACGACGAAAGUGGUCAAGGAGAAUUGAAAACAGCUUUGUUCGACCAUUUUUGCGUCGGAGAUGUUGGGUCGUGUGCAUCGGAUGCGGUAAUACAAUCAGAAGAUUCCAACCGCGUUGCUGUCGGAACAGCAGUCGUCGGUCGGCAUCUGAGCGCCGUCAACAGAAGAAUAAAGAACGCCUGCCUGCCUGAGCGUGAUAGGUACAUACCUACGACACAGAUGCCAGAGUGCGAAAAUUUGCGGAAGUAGGCAUAAGCACAUUUUCGCUCUAGAAGAGUAGUGUAUAGUUAUCGGAGCCAAGGUCUCUCCAUCCACUAGGAGUGAGUGUGUGAAAAGUGAAAGAACAUCUCCCGGUUCAUCAGCAUUGCAUUCAGCAUUGAGGUGCAAUGUGUGCUUCAGUGUAUUGUGCAUGUGCAUAGUGAGGAGAAAAUGCAGAAACAGGAAAGCCGAAGAUAAUAAUGUUUUAUGUAACAAAAACGAAAAUGUGGACCUGAUAAGCAACAUUGGUCAAUAUGUUUUUCGAUGAUCAUUCGUAAUAGUCAAUCAAUCGCCUGAAUAGAGGAUACCCAUACCUAAAUUGCCAUUGUACGAGCGUGUUGCGGUAGCCGAGCGCGCGCGUGUGUCGUGAAUUUGUGAAUGAAUUCGUUGUUUGCCAAUGCUGAAAACAAUUAGGUUCUCCUGCUAUCAUCAUAGGUGCAAGACGUCGACGGUGGUGAGUGCGGCCUGGUUUACUUUAUUGCUAUCCGUUUCUUUCACGAACGGAGCCGUUUGCAGCCAAUAUCACAUGUUGUGAUCUAGGUUGCUGUGACUUCGCGACUCGACGCGACGGUGUGUCAUCGUAUCGUACGGGUCAAUUAGGGCGAUCGCAAUCGUCGUGUCCCUAUCAGUCAGCACAGCUCAGCGCUUGCUAUGAUGAUGAAGGUAAUGCUGACCGACCAUCGCAGCCCGAUUCAAUGCAUAGACAAAGUUCCAUCGUGAGAGUUGUGUUUAAUGUCGCGAUUAAAAAUAGCUUCUAGGCGUUCUGUGCGAAUUUUGUUUGGCUUGUGGAGAAACGUGUGAUCUGAUCGGCCGACGAAGAGCGAUUUAGUAACUGCCAAAAACAAAAUAAUCGAAUUUUACGAGAAGAAAAGUGAAAAUCAUUUCGCUCGAUCGAGUAAGUUUCAAACGGAAUCCUUGGUACGGAAGAAGAAGAAGGAGGAGGCUACAUCAGAGAGAGAGGGAAUUUACCGACCGAACAAGAUUACGCAGCAAAAAUGUCGAUAUCCAAUGGAAAAACAUCUUCUGACAUUGAGAAUGCGGAGUGGAAUUCGACCGGGAUGCUGACCCACACCAGAUACGGUUCCAGCAGCAGCCAAGCAUCACAAAGUAGUGGCGACAUCUGUCGGAUAUGUCACUGCGAAUCGGAUACGCACAAUCCCCUCCUGACGCCCUGCUACUGCUCCGGAAGCCUCAAGUUCGUACACCAGACCUGCCUACAGCAAUGGCUAACCGCAUCGGAAACAAAUGCCUGCGAACUGUGCAAGUUCCCCUUCAUCAUGCACACCAAGAUCAAGCCUUUCAACGAGUGGCGAAGUCUGGAGAUGUCGGGGGUGGAACGGCGGCGGUUGUUCUGUGCGGUCCUGUUCCACUGUGCCGCUGCCCUAUGUGUGAUAUGGUCCCUCUGCGUGCUCAUCGAACGGGCUGCCGAGGAAGUGCGCCGCGGGCUAAUCGGAUGGCCCUUCUGGACCAAGUUGGUCGUGGUGACGGUCGGUCUGACCGGCGGCGUCGUGUUCAUGUACAUCCAGUGUAAACAGUAUUUGAAUUUGUGCAACCGGUGGCGCGCUCGGAAUCGGAUCCUCCUGAUUCAAAACGCUCCGGAGAAAAUUCACCCACCGCAAUCACCUGGUGUUCAGCGGUUUCCCCGUGUUCGUACGGCAGCUACGAGCGGAGGAGGUAUCGGCCACAACGGCAGUGGCGGACCGGGCAGCAGUGCCAGCUAUAAUUCCGGUAACAACAACGGUGGCCCACAGUACCGUGGCUACCACCAGCAGCAGUUGAUCGGAUCGAUCGGUGGCGGGGGACAUGCUUGCGAGCUACAAAUCAAUCAACAGGGACAAAUCAUAGCGGCCAACAUUGAGAAUAGUUCGAUUAGCUACGACCGGGAUUGGACGUUGGACGAUAUCAGCCAGAUGUCGUUCAAACCGUGUCCACAGGGGAGUGGAAGCUUGACACCGAUGCCGUUCCACGACUCGGCGCAUAAUGUUUGCGAGGGAAGCGGAAGCGGAAGUGGAGUAGUGGUUGCGACUCACCGAUAUUCGGCGAUCUCCGGGUCGUCCAACACGGUACAUGAAGAGGAUCAGCUGCAGAAUUCUAGUAUUCAUGAAGUGAGUAAUGGUAGUUGUGGAGGAGGUAGUAUUAAGACCGCUGAUCUGAACUUGUUCAAAGUGCCGACCUCGGAGCUGAGUAGCGUUAGUAGCAGCUCCGGUAUGCCCUCCGGAGUAACUUCCGGGAGGUAUCCCAACUCAGCGAUAUUCUUAGAAAAUCGUGAUAUUUUAAAUGAUCCUCCAUGUCAAGAUCAAAUUACCGGGAAUCAGGUCAAGCUUUUUAGCCGUCGAUCGACGGUUCUCGGAAGUGGUGGUAGCAGUUUUACUCAGGAAGAUCCACGAAUCGAUACUCGGAGAUACUCUGACACAAAACUCCUCCAACAGCAAAAACUCACAUACGUUAGCGAGUGCCCUGUGGAAAACAGCCCUACCAAAGAUCAAUUGUUACUUAACCCUAAGAGCAUCAUCUACGAUAUGACCAGUUUUCUUGGUCCGGUAGUUGCACAAGAUCCGGAAGAUAGUCCUCACCCGGCACAUCGAGCGCACCAUCACCAUCACCACCAUCGCCACGUACUUACAACGGCGGACAGUCCGAGCCAUCGGAUGCAAACCACCGACAUCCAAUUCGACAACAACUGUGAUGAAGAGUCAGCCCCGCCCCGGGCAUCAUCGUACGAUCCUCUAGAGUUCAACAUUCAGGAAAUGCUGGAACUUGACAUUGCCAACAUCCAGCGAUUGCAUGAGAAGAAAAGCUCCCUCGGCAAUCUUUCGCAGCACUCCCAGUCCUCCUCUUCGUACUGUCCAGACGACCCGUCCUCGCCGUGCCUCGGUCCAUCGCCAACGGCCAAGGUGCGCCGGCCGAUGAUCUGUCCCUCCGCGUCGAAUUCUCAACUGCAACAAUUCCAACAGCACCACGCCGCCGCAGCCGCCAUCCAGCAACAUCAACGACAAAUGCCUCAGCCACUGCUGCAGUCUCAAUCGGCGGUGGAACAACACCAUCACAGCAACCGACUGAAGCUGUUCAAGUCGCUACCGAAUCUGAGUGCCAGCAGCGAGAACCUGCUACCGCCCCCGCCAAAGCGUUUCGAUUAGGUCCGGCUGGAUAAUCCCCCCUACCUGCUACAUAUAUGUAUAAGACGAGUUAAUCAACGCCAUUUUUGUGAUAUUUUUUCCAUCUUUAACAUUUUCGGACAAACGCGAGUAACAUUCGGUCCUGUGAAUACUAAUGAAUCGAUAUACUUAACUUCGGUAAAAUGAAAAACAAACUGUUUGCUUAAUACGUUAAUACUUACUAGGGUGUUUGAGGAACUGAGGGUGAUAGGAAAAUUUUAGGUUCAUCCUUCAAAUGUUAAAUGAGGACAUUACAAAUUCUAGCUCUCUUCUAUAUAUUUACAUUUGCCGUUCUAAGCAUAUCUGUACCAUGUUUAAAAAUGUGCAACUGAGAAAACUGCGAUUAAAGUUAAUAACGUAUUUUUCUAAUUGACCAAUAACUACAGUACCACAACGGCACAUGCAGCUGUAUUUCUAUUAAAAUUAAUUAUAUCUGAAGUGGAAUCAGUGAAGUUGACUUUUUUAACGCAAAAAAAACAUUUCAAGUUUGAAUAAAUAGUUCCCAGCGGGACAGUUAUGCUCUGAAACACAACGCAACUUUGAAAUUUCCACGCAUACUUUUCGCAGUCUUUGACUGUAUUUCUUUUAGUGGGACAGAUAUGCUUGGAAAUGCAACAAUGGGACAAUAUGGCUUGGUAUUUAUUUUCAAAAUUUCAGAACAAACUAAGGACUUUUGCAAGCUUACAUGAAAAUACACAUACAAUUAUGGCGAUAGGAUGAAAAAAGUGAAAAAUGAUGAAAAUCAACAUGGGACAGAUAUGCUUAGAACGGCAGCAUAGUUCCGGGCCAAAGAUUCUAUAAUAUUUGACAUAAGGGCUAGCGUGGUUCAAAAAAUCGUUUUUGCUCCACACCGCUUAUUUGAUUCGUAACCAGAUUCUGUGCCUUCUCCCAAAAUUUGAGUUCAUUUGGUUGAAAAUUGAGACUGCACAAGCCCUUCAAAGUUUGUAUGGAAAUUACUAUGGGAAAACGAUGUUUUUCAUUCAAUCGACCGUAGUAUUUUCCCAAGUUCCCUAGAGCGUUAGUUGACCCUUGGUACUUCUAGGCUACUCUAUCAGCUACAACUUUGCCGAAGACCGCAUUCAAAUCGCAUGCCUCAUUAAUUAGUUACCGAUUUUUAUCCAGAAUCGAAAAGAAGAGACGAACCAUGUUACGGGUAUAAAUAUUUGUUACAAUAAUAAGACAGAAUAAUUGUUUAAUGUGUUUAAAGUUCAAUAUUCGUUCGUUCCUUGUGCUACAUGUUGAAUUUUAACUUGUAAAUAUAACCCUAGUAUUAAUUAACAUUUAUAGGGUUCUGGCAGAAUAGAGGCCAAUGAAGUGCAAUCCUAUUUCGAUUGCCAACAUUCAGGCCAUUUCGGGCCGCGAUUAAGAACUAGAUACGUAAACCUUUCCCUGACACAGACUUCAAGUCAUAGAGCUCUAGUAUCGAAACCCGUAACGGGAUGCCCGAUUAGGAUUAGUUUUCCUAGACAAAACCAAGCCGUGAAUACAGCAACAAAUGCUGUGAACUAAAAGGCAAACUGCCAACUAAAAUACAAUUCCAGGAUGACUGAUGGACACAAACCCUUACAUGAAACCUCGUCAUCCUGUGAUCGGAAGAUGUUAUCCAUCUGGAUAACAGGGCACAUUUAUGUUAUGUGUUGUGCUGCGUCAAUUUGUGAUGUUCCUAAUUUGUGCAUUUGAAACAACUUUUAACACAUUAAACAAUUAUUCUGUCUUAUUAUUGUAACAAAUAUUUAUACCCGUAACACAAUCCACGCCCCACGUUGGGCGCCAUGUUACAAAAAUAAAAGAAAUUAAUUAUUACAAAGUAUUAACACUGCACGAUACACAUAGAACCUUUCAAAUGCACAAAUUAGGAACAUCACAAAUUGACGCAGCACAACACAUAACAUAAAUGUGCCCUGUUAUCCAGAUGGAUAACAUCUUCCGAUCACAGGAUGACGAGGUUUCAUGUAAGGGUUUGUGUCCAUCAGUCAUCCUGGAAUUGUAUUUUAGUUGGCAGUUUGCCUUUUAGUUCACAGCAUUUGUUGCUGUAUUCACAGCUUGGUUUUGUCUAGAAAAACUAAUCCUAAUCGGGCAUCCCGUUACGGGUUUCGAUACUAGAGCUCUAUGACUUGAAGUCUGUGUCAGGGAAAGGUUUACGUAUCUAGUUCUUAAUCGCGGCCCGAAAUGGCCUGAAUGUUGGCAAUCGAAAUAGGAUUGCACUUCAUUGGCCUCUAUUCUGCCAGAACCCUAUAAAUGUUAAUUAAUACUAGGGUUAUAUUUACAAGUUAAAAUUCAACAUGUAGCACAAGGAACGAACGAAUAUUGAACUUUAAACACAUUAAACAAUUAUUCUGUCUUAUUAUUGUAACAAAUAUUUAUAUCCGUAACAACCAGCCAAGGGCUGAAAGUCUCUCUAAUAAAGACAAAUCAAUCAAUCAACCAGAAUCGAAAUCGUUACUUAUGAUGGUUAAACUAAUCGGUGGGCAUCACUGCAUUUUGCAGUGAAACAUAGUAGCCAUGAUUUCAUUGUGCUAUCUUUGGCGCCAUAUGUAGCAAUGUUGCCUGCUGGGAAGCUAGAGGAUCAUUGCUAAAGUUUGUCCAGUUGGAUACAAAUCGAUAACUAAUUAAUGAGGCAUUCGAUUUGAAUGCGGUCUUCGGCAAAGUUGUAGCUGAUAGAGUAGCCUAGAAGUACCAAGGGUCAACAAACGCUCUAGGGAACUUGGGAAAAUACUACGGUCGAUUGAAUGAAAAACAUCGUUUUCCCAUAGUAAUUCCCAUACAAACUUUGAAGGGCUUGUGCAGUCUCAAUUUUCAACCAAAUGAACUCAAAUUUUGGGAGAAGGCACAGAAUCUGGUUACAAAUAGAAUAAUCGGUGUGGAGCAAAAACGAUUUUUUGAACCACGCUAAUAAGGGCCCAUACCCCAGCGCUAAACUCUCGAGUACAUAUUCCACAAGUCCAUGCUGAGAGUGACGGUUUCUUUUUCCGGUCAAUGGAAAAGUUCAGAGUGUUGAUGGUUUAGGACAUUUCCUUAAUUUUCUUGGGCAUAGAGUACUUCCGUGCCUGCCACACAUGGUCAUUAGUAGAAGAAUUUCUCAGCUAACUCGUGGAACACUUAUAAAGUUGAGUACUAGGUUGUGCCUCAAUGGGGACGGCACACCAAUAACAAGAAGACGAGUUGGCUUGCUCUGUUGAAAACCGUAUCCUGCUUGUUACAGUCCGCACUUUUCAACAGGAUAGUCUCGCUAUUCUAGCUAAUGUCAAUUUUAUGCAUUUCUUCAGUUCCAUCUCUCAGACUGAAAAAUUCACGAAUCUCCCCAAACCUCCGAAAGAGGGUCCUUGUUAUGGUUUUGGAGGCACUAACAUACUCCAAGGUGUUGGGUAGUCAGUACCGAUUGCUAACUGGCCAUGGCAGGAAUGACCUUUCAAAUGAUCCAUCCGACGCACGCAUAUGUUAGGGACUUUUAUACACAUCCCCACCCAAAUAUCCAAUCACACAUCCUUCACCACCUAAAUCAAAUGAAAUAACGGGCCCAUGGUCUGGUAAUUCAGGGAUGCUGUGAAGGAAGACUGUAGAGUGGGGAUAAUUAACCCUUUACCUCCACAACACCCAAGAAACACUUGUCCCCAUGCGUACCAGCCUUCGUAUGUGCCCUCGGCGCAGGCUACAGAUGGGGGAGCGUUUUGUCCUAACACCUCCCAUUGGGCGACUCUUAUGAGUUCAAAACAUGGUCCUUGUCGAAACUGAAUGAGUUAUUAUUGCAAGGCACGUCAAUGCGCUACUUCCGAAAACUUCCAGAUUCUGACUUAGGGGGGCCCGGGGCAAGAAGGUCCCCUUAAGCAUGUUGAACUAUUACAUGGUAAAACACCAGUAAAUCAAACGUUUAUCGAACGCAAAGUGUAUUGUAGCUUGCUAUCUACAAAACUACAUCGAUAGUAAUAUGAAAAAUAUCAUGAAAGUGGACAAAAUAUGACCAUUUAUUUCGGAUGUAUUUUUCAUUGAAAAAAUUGGGCCGGGGCAAGAAGGCCACCCUACCGGGGCAAAAAGGACACAUACCUAAUUAAUCAGCAUUCGUCGAUGAUUGCCGUGCUGGGUGGCUGCACGCUUCACCGGCAUGGCGGAAUCAGUCAAUGCUUUGAUUACCGCGGUCCUGCUGGCGGAUGGCCAUAGUUUCCGCGUCGAAAUCCGCUUUUACCUACGCACUAUAACUACGCACCGGUCACUAUAAAAUCACAACAAAAACAACUGUUUGACAGUUAGAUUCAAGGUUAUGUUCAAGCAAAGUGCGAAUUAAAGAGUGACCCUUUUGCCCCGGGCAGAGGUGUCCUUUUUGCCCUGGAUCGUCAAUAGUGCAUUUAAAUGCAUAUUUUCGCAAAAAAUGGCGGCAUAGCCAGUAGUAUUCUAUUACAAAUAUUUGUAAUUAUUGUAAACUUGCUUUCUACUUUGAAAAACCCUAAAGAAAUAUUAAAUGCCCUUUGAAAAUCCUUAUUUUGUGCGAUGUCCCUAUUAUAAUUGUUGAUCAGAUCCAAGAUGCAUCUAUCUUUUCAGCAAGUUUUAGUUCAAUUUAGGAUUUUCAAUACAAAAUAUGAUGAAUAUUACAUUUUAAGACUGUGUAGAAGGUUCAGCAGUCAUCGAUUAUGCCUAUAUUAUUAUGUUUCAUAAAGAAAUCAAAGGGUGUCCGUCUUGCCCCGGUGUCCUUUUUGCCCCGGGGUCCCCUACAGCCGGUGCAAAUAUUUGCAAUCUCUUUGAAGAGCGGGAUCUAUGUGAUUGCUCUUACCUUGCUACUUAAUUGCCAACCGUGACUCUCAAGAGGUGCUAUCUCCAGUUUCGUCAACAUGCUCGAGCUUAUUUUAGUCAACUAAAAUUUAGUUAACAAUUAGCUGAGAAACCACCAGGUAUCUCCAUGUCAUAAGUCUCUGCUUAAUCUUAAGAGAAUGAACUUCACUCACUUGUUCAGGUUCUGAACAAAUCUGAAAGUAUUCUUGUUCAAGAGUUCUUAGAAAUCCUGCUUUCACCUUUCAGUCAUAUCUUGUCUCCGCAUAUUGCGACUUGUAGUGUAAGGUCUUUCCGGAAUCUCAAAAACACAAAUGUUUUUUCACUAGGAAUUCCAUUAAAGUAUCACAUCAGCAUAUUUAUUGAUGAGCUCGUUCCAUAUUACCUUGUGCUUGUUGGCUUCAGCGUAGCUUCUUUCCAGCAAUUGUAUUUCAUGUUCCUUUGUUUGCUUUUGGCUGGCUGCGUUACAAACCGUUUUCUAUAUCACUGCGAAGAUUGUCCGUAGCACUUUGCGCUCAAAAUUUCCGAAAGCUUUUUGGUCUGCCUCUUUUUUGCUGCGUAACGGAAUAGGGCCACCAAAAGGAUCCACAUCUUAUACAAAGCGAAUUACGUUACUCCUAGACCCAAGCUGCUCUCGUAGUCCAUAAAAGGUAAUGUUCAAAACAGCAAAACGUCUUUUCACUCACAGUCACAGAUAACGCCAUUGUCACAUGUCACAAUUGGCUUUUAUACUAGGUUUUAGCAUUAUUGCUUGUGCGCCUCAGUGUGUUUACCAAAUGUAUAACAAAUUCUUUACCAACUUCAAAUCAACUACCUUAGCACUACUAAGGCCUACUUCUGGCCUUGCCCGCAAUCAUGUACUUCAUCUAAGUUGACUUAAAUACAAUAAAUUUAUUGUCAAGCCUAGUGCCAUUGUCUUCCUCUUCAGCGGAACAAGAGCCUUCUCCACUGCCUCACGAUCGAUACCGAUCAAUAUCGUCAGUUCAAUCACAGAGCAUUGUUGUACUUGAUUUGCUUUACAAGUAUUUAGCAUCACCGGGAACCCAUGUUCUGAAUUUAUCUGCCAAAUCCCAUUUACUAUCAUUGAAGUGUACGCUGCUUUAAAAUCAAAGAUUAGAUGUUGAGUUUGCAAGUUAUAUUCCCGCAAUUUGUCUAAGAGCAUACUCAUGGUAUACGAUUAAUCCAUCGUUGAUCGGCCCUCAUGGAAGAACUCCUCAAGUGGUUUCAGUGAACAGAACACGCGACAGUAUCUUAUACAUCAUCCGCUUGAUAACGGACUGCUGUUUAAGGACAAACGUCUUGAAAUCCCGCUUGAACAAUACAUCAGAACUUCAGACGCACAAAUCUCAAGAAGCAAGCUUCAAACAACAGUGCAUUUCAUUAUUCUGUUCUUGCUCAUUUGUAAUAAGCUUCAAAUAAGAAGAUCAGGUGCGCUGGUUUUGUUUACGAAGAGAAUUGUGCGCUCGAAAUCGUGAGUAGUUGCCAAAGUCGGUCAUUGUGGCGGCCAUUUUGGGAUUCUAACAAGUCUGUCCUUAACUGGACUUGCUUUUUAUCUGGGCGCUCGAUAACUAGACCAAAGUCCAGUUGAAAAGCAAUUGUUUGUCAAAAAUAAACGAUAUUUAACUUCACAUUUUGUAAAUCAGUAAACAAAACACAAUAUAACAAUAGCCUCCGGCUCCGUGAGCUCAGUCCAGUUAUCGAGCGGUGCUCGCUAACUGAACUGUCGGAAAAGCCCAUUUAUCGAGCGGAAGCUGAACUCAGAAUUAGGAAAGGCAGCAGUCUGUGCCCUGCUUAUAGAUCUGGCAAGCAGCUUGUGGACAAUUGUUCAUUCUUCCAUAUCUGGCUAAGAAUUUGGUGGAUUGAUUGAUGUACAGCUGCUCGCUUCCUAUAGCUUGAAAGUUUUGCCACCUUCGUUGUUACAAUUCCACGAAACGCCUUCCACCCGGCUGCAAUCAUAGUGUGUCAGCAAAUUUUAUUGCAUGUCAUUGUACAAGCGAACGCUGGCGCAGUCUUAGGCCGUGCACUAUUGGCAGUAGCAUAAACCUCCACAUAACGUGCCGAUCCAUGCUUUCCUGUGCUUUUGCAAUCACACUCUCUUUGUGCUGCCGAUUUUCGAUACGGUGGAAUCGUUUCUGUUUGCUCUUGCUAGCCUGCAUCUCUCCCAGUAGUGCCGGAUAUCAGCUACUAGCAUUCGACCGCUAGCAGCAUUCUUUUCAUUAGUCGAAUCUAUUGGCCUCUACUUUGGCCUAUUGCCCAACUUCUGAUGCUACUGUGCAGCAUUCCUUUCGACUAUCAAGCGAUGGAUAUUGAAACUGAUCUCAAAUCUACUAUGACUUCCCACGUGGUCUGUCAUCUAACAUAACGUCGUGUCGUGUAUGAUAUUGAAUUGGAUGAUCAAAUGAAGGACAUCUACAUCUUUAUUCUUCCUUUGAAGUGCGUGUUAUAUACGGUCUUGUAUUAGUUAGCUAGGUCUCUCGAGCCUAGCUAUUUAGCACUGUAGUUGGAGGAAAUGCCAAUGCAGAACCCGUAGCUUCCGGGAAGGUAAGCCCAGCUCCCUGGGUUAGUGGGUUGGUGUCAGGCCCUGCGAGCCAGCCGUAAAAAAGACUAGCACCGGAAAAUCAACAAGAGAAGAAUGCGAACCGAUACCAAUGGCGACGACCACAGCGACGAAAAGGGACUUGCGAUUGGAAGCUCGGUACGUGGAACUACAGAUCUCUCAACUUCAUCGGGAGCACCCGCAUACUCGCCGAUAUACUGAAGGACUGCGGGUUCGGAAUCGUAGCGCUGCAGGAGGUGUGUUGGACAGGAUCUAUAGUGGUUUCUGCUUUUGAUGGUGUUGCGUGUACGUACACGCUGCAUUACACGAACACUACCUGAGUAACUGGUUGAAAAUAGUAAACAAAGAUCAGCUGUUCCCAGCAAAAUUAAAUGGGCAUAUUUUCAACCAGUAGAUUUGCAUUAGUGUUCGUGACACCGCGCUGCGAAACCACUAUGGUGCGAUCGUUUAGAGGUACGCAUACCAUCUACCAGAGUUGCGGCAACACACGUGAGCUGGGAACAGCUUUUAUAGUGAUGGGUGACAUGCAGAGGCGCGUGAUCGGUUGGUGGCCGAUCGACGAAAGAAUGUGCAGGUUGAGGAUCAAGGGCCGAUUCUUCAACAUUAGCAUAAUAAACGUGCACAGCCCUCACUCCGGAAGCACUGAUGAUGACAAAGACGCAUUUUACGCGCAGCUCGAACGCGAGUACGACCGCUGCCCAAACCACGACGUCAAGAUCAUCAUAGGGGAUCUAAACGCUCAGGUAGGCCAGGAGGAGGAAUUCAGACCGACGAUUGGAAAGUUCAGCGCCCACCAGCUGACGAACGAAAAUGGCCUACGCCUCAUCGAUUUCGCCGCCUCCAAGAACAUGGCCAUUCGUAGCACCUUCUUCCAGCACAGCCUCCCGUAUCGUUACACCUGGAGAUCACCACAACAAACGGAAUCGCAAAUCGACCACGUUCUGAUUGAUGGACGGCACUUCUCCGACAUUAUCGACGUCAGGACCUAUCGUGGCGCUAAUAUCGACUCUGAUCACUACCUGGUGAUGGUUAAACUGCGCCCAAAACUCUCCGUUAUUAACAACGUACAUUACCGGCGGCCGCCCCGGUACGAUCUAGAGCGACUGAAGCAACCGGAUGUCGCCACCGCAUACGCGCAGAAUCUCGAGGCAGCGUUGCCGGACGAGGGUGUGCUCGAUGUGGCCCCUCUAGAGGACUGCUGGAGUACAGUCAAAGCAGCCAUCAACAACGCAGCCGAGAGCACUAUCGGGUACGUAGAACGGAGUCGACGAAACGAUUGGUUCGACGAGUAGUGCAGAGCGGUUCUGGAGGAGAAGGAUGCAGCGCGGGCGGUAAUGCUGCAGCAUGGAACCCGACAGAAUGUGGAGCGAUACAGACAGAAGCGGAAGCAGCAGACCCGUCUCUUCCGGGUGAAAAAGCGCCGCCUGGAAGAAGCGGAGUGCGAGGAAAUGGAACUGCUGUGCCGUUCACAGGAAACACGCAAGUUCUACCAGAAGCUCAACGCACCCCGCAAAGGCUACGUGCCGCAAGCCGAAAUCUGCAGGGAUAAGGACGGGAGCCUCCUGACGGACAAACGUGAGGUGAUCGAAAGGUGGAAGCAGCACUUCGACGAGCACCUGAAUGGCGAAGAGAAUGUAGGCACGGAGGACCAAGGCAGCGGAGGAAAUGACUAUUUUGGUGCAGCAGAGGACGGGAACGAACCAACUCCCACGCUGAGGGAAGUUAAGGAUGCCAUCCACCAGCUCAAAAACAACAAAGCGGCUGGUAAGGACGGUAUCGCAGCGGAACUCAUCAAGAUGGGCCCGGAAAAGUUGGCCACCUGUCUGCACCAGUUAGUUGUCAAGAUCUGGGAAACCGAACAGCUACCGGAGGAGUGGAAGGAAGGGAUAAUCUGUCCCAUCCACAAGAAAGGCGACAAGUUAAUGUGUGAGAACUUUCGAGCGAUCACCAUUUUGAAUGCCGCCUACAAAGUGCUAUCCCAGAUCAUCUUCCGUCGUCUUUCACCUAAAGUAAAUGAGUUCGUGGGAAGUUACCAAGCCGGUUUCAUCGACGGCCGGUCGACAACGGACCAGAUCUUCACCGUACGGCAAAUCCUCUAGAAAUGCCGUGAAUACCAGGUCCCAACGCAUCACCUGUUCAUCGACUUCAAAGCGGCAUACGACAGUAUCGACCGCACAGAGCUAUGGAAAAUUAUGGACGAGAACAGCUUUUCCGGGAAGCUGACUAGACUGAUAAGAGCAACGAUGGACGGUGUGCAGAACAGCGUAAGGAUUUCGGGUGAACUAUCCAGUGCAUUUGAAUCUCGACGGGGACUACGACAAGGUGAUGGACUUUCCUGCCUACUAUUCAACAUCGCCUUGGAAGGUGUUAUGCGACGAGCCGGGCUCAACAGCCGGGGUACGAUCUUCACGAAAUCCAGCCAAUUUGUCUGUUUUGCGGAUGACAUGGAUAUUAUUGCUAGAACAUUUGGAACGGUGACAGAACAGUACACCCGCCUGAAACGUGAAGCAGCAAAGGUCGGACUGGUGGUGAAUGCGGCUAAGACAAAGUACAUGCUGGUAGGUGGGACUGAGCGAGACAGGACAAGCCUUGGCAGCAAUGUUACGAUAGACGGGGAUACUUUCGAGGUGGUAGAAGAAUUCGUCUACCUCGGUUCCUUGCUAACGGCUGACAAUAACGUGAGCCGUGAAAUACGAAGGCGUAUCAUCAGUGGAAGUCGUGCCUACUAUGGGCUCCAGAAGAAACUGCGGUCAAAAAAGAUUCACCCCCGCACCAAAUGUACCAUGUACAAGACGUUAAUAAGACCGGUGGUUCUCUACGGACACGAGACAUGGACGAUGCUCGAGGAGGACAUGCAAGCACUCGGAGUUUUCGAGCGACGGGUGCUAAGGACGAUCUUCGGCGGCGUGCAGGAGAACGGUGUGUGGCGAAGAAGGAUGAAGCACGAGCUCGCUGCACUUUACGGCGAACCCAGCAUCCAGAAAGUGGCCAAAGCCGGAAGGAUACGAUGGGCAGGACAUGUUGCAAGAAUUCCGGACAACAACCCUGCAAAGUUGGUGUUUGCUAACCAUCCGGUUGGUACAAGAAGGCAUGGAGCGCAGAGAGCACGAUGGGCGGACCAGGUGGAGCGUGAUCUGGCGAGCAUUGGGCGUGACCGACGUUGGAGAGCUGCAGCUGCAAAUCGAGUAUCAUGGCGGCAAAUUGUUGAUUCAGUAUUAUCAUGAAUUUGAUGUUAACUAAAUAAAUGAAUGUCUCUUCGGAUCUGCGCAUUUGCAUCUCCGAUGAAUAUUUUGAUGUCUUGUUUUGGGUACUCUGUUUCUCCAUGUGAAGCGUACGGAACUUAAAGAGAUGAUCUUAAAAAAAUAUCCUUAGAAUUACACUGCCGUGAAUCGCAUAUCAGUCCCAUCUUGCCGGAUUUCCUAUGCAAAUGGGACAGAAAUGCGAUUCAGGGCAGUAUAGGGCUUGUCAUUAUUUGUUUGCGCAAGCGAUACAGCAUCAUGUCACGCAACAUUCGACCAUUUUCAACCCAACCCCCUCCCCCCAUGCCACACUUUUUGUACGGGACCUCUGAUUUUUUCGUAUGAGUCGUCACACUUUGCUGGACACCCCCCCCUCCCCCUCAAAGCGUGACGUUAAUUAUGGACGUUCCCCAAGCAGAAAGAAAAUUAUUUUGAAUUCCUUACAUAAUUUGGAGUCGUAUACCGACGCGACAAAUCUGGAUUUGAAUGAAGUGAGUCUCCUUUUGCAGAAUGAACCCAACAGACUACCUCUAAACGACAUUUGCAGAAGUUAUUUACUGGGUGUAAUACAAUAAUUGAUUCACAGGCAUGAAUACGGCGUUUCUGAAAAGAUAUGGGUUUUUUAUGUCCUUGUGAUUGAACUUUGUUCUUUCAAAAUGGCUUUUCGCCAUCAUAACAUCCUCAUUAAGAGUAAAGUCAGAUGAGGUAUAAAUAAAUAAACAAAUAAACAUACAUACACGGAGAGACGAAACUAAGUAAGUGGUUGCGUGCGUCAAGCCAAUUUUGAGUUGAUGGAAUCGAUGUUUUUGUUGGGUUGUUCCCGCUUGCUUCCAUGUGAAAAAAAUACCUAAUUUUAAGUUUUUUCCACCCAACCGAAAUUUUGACUAGGUUGUAUUCACUCAAAUUUGAGUACUGUGCUAGAAACUCAGUUUUGGCUUGACGCACGGAACUGCAAAAGUUGGGCUGUUUCUCUCUUCACUCUCUGACAACAACAGAAAGAGCGCAUGAAAAGGGAGAUGAAAAAGAACUCAAAAUUGAGUUUAAAAGUACCUAAUUUUGAGUUUUUUAGUUUCUCCGUGUACGUAACACUCUGACAUUUUCCAUCGUACAUACACCGAUUCAGCGGUCUUCUGUUUAAAAAUUUGAUAGUUGGAAAACUGCCCACCUGUGGAGCUCGCAUCGUUUUUGUUCGAUUUUGACGUUUGCCCACAAUCGCUACUUAGUUGAUGGUUGGCAAAAAUCAAUACUUUUAGCAUUGGGCGAACAUGUUUUAGGGACUAUGAUUUGAAUAGAAAAAUGCUCGAAGUGAUACGUCUGUUUGACUGUGAUGUAUUUGUAAUAUUCUUUUCUUAUACAUCAUUCGAAGUGUGGAUCUCAAAUUUUCCUGACACAGUACAUCUUUCCAACGCCCUACCACUUACCUACCCAACUAGAAAGAAGCAGUAGUGUAUUCGAAUUAUUACCCUAGGUGAGACCAGACAUAGAGGCAUUUUAGAGACGAACAGAUGAACACUACAGAGAAACAUUAAGAAGUGAUGAAGCAACAGAUUACUAUAUACCAAUCUACUUAAAAUUAUAUUAUUUUCCUGGGAUGAACACGCGAUAGAAUUACAGGCAGAUCAUCAUUGGCGAUGGCGGUGAUCCUCUCAAUUAAAGGACAAACAAGUAAAGAAUAGAUGCGAAUGUACGAGAAAUGUGAGUGACUGUAUGUGAACGAAAUAUAAUGCGUUAGACUGAGAGAUUUUGCAGCUUUAAAUGAUGGGUUUUGUAUGGAAUGUCAGAGGAAGUAACUGAGCGAAAGUGUAAGAACUUAUAACGAUGCAUGACGACCGUCGGGUAUUUGUAUUAAACAAUAAGGAGAACGUAUGGUGUGACUUAUAUCUUAGAGAGAUACAACAUGUGAAAUGAUGUAAGGCAACGGUGUUACAAUAAUGCAGUUUUAUGUUUUCUCCAUUUGGAAUAUAGAGAAUAUCAAGAAUUACGAGAAAUUAAA